GAAAGGAAAGAGUUAUGGCUUUGGAAGCACACACUCCAGAAAGAAGGGCUGGAACGCAGGCACUGGGGCAGCAGGGGCAGCAACAGCCACCACAACCACAACCACAACCACUCCUCCUCUGCAAACUUGUGAUGGUGCUCUGAGGGAUGGUGGACUUUUGCACAGGGAGCCUUGAAGAGAAAGGGACAUGAUGGAAGAGUCUGAGCCUCGCAAUUUUAGGCGCCUGGCCAUCCGGAGGAAGUCCAACCCAGGUUUACACAGCAAUGCUUUGGUCUUCCAAGGGGCCCCCAGAGCCCCCCCAAAGCCUCUUCUCGACCAGGGGCCAAAGGGGGAAGAAGCCCAGGGCUCUGGACCCAUCUCAGGUGGCAGCACAUGUCCAAAGAUCAUAACUGCACCCUGCUCAGCAAACAGCACAGCUAGGCUAUAUGAGCCAAAUAUCGGCUAUGAAGGGGCACAGGGAAUAAAUGGAAACUUGUCAGUUAAGCAAUCUUCACGGCCAACUUCAAAUCCAAAGCCACAAGUGCCUCCAAAGCCAUUACAUCUGCAGAACUCGCAGUCAUCCAUUGCCCACCAAUCCCCUAGGCAUAAAGCUUUAUAUACCACGAAGCCAAGAAUGGAGGAAGUUACUCCUACCUCUUCUUGUGUAUCAAAAGAAAAAAGUAGUAAAGUGUCUGAUCUCAUCAGUCAUUUUGAAGGAGGCAGCUCAUCCGUUCCUAGUGAGCUGAAGAAAGAAUCUUCUGUUCUAAAUGUUGCUAAAUCUCAAGGAAAGCAUGGAUCAGCACCAUCACCUCAGCCAAAAUUCUUCACCCAAUGCCCUCUACAGAAGCAGGGAAAUAGUACAGAUCAUUCUCAGGAUGUACAGAAUCGCACAGCCAAUGGAGUAGUAGCACAGAACCAGUUGGACUGCAGGGACAGCACGUUUUCAGUUCAUAAUGCCAACAGGUCCAUUCAAAAUGACAAUGCUUCAUCUAACAACAGCAUGGUAAAUGGGGAAACAGAAAGCAACAGUAUGGACUUAUUGCAAACAACGGCAGUCUGUAAAGGACAAAUUAUCAAUAGCUGCUGCCGCGCCCCAAGUGUGAAUACAUGUCCAUCUGGCAAAGACACUGUAGAAAUGAUUACCAGUACAGAUGAUAAGCAGGUUGAGGAGCACAAUAAGCAAGACCCAGGUUUGGAAACAAAGGAGACAAAUGAGCAGAAGUGUUACAAAAUUGCCAAUGAGCUUUUGCACACAGAAAGAGCCUAUGUUAGCAGACUUGCUCUCUUGGAUCAGGUGUUUUAUUGUAAAUUGAUGGAGGAAGCUAACCGUGGAUCGUUCCCUGCUGAAGUUGUUAAUAAAGUCUUUUCCAAUAUUUCAUCCAUAAAUCAAUUCCACAGUCAGUUCUUGUUGCCAGAGCUUGAGAAAAGGAUGCAAGAAUGGGACACAAACCCCAGGAUCAGUGAUAUCCUGCAGAAAUUAGCACCUUUCCUCAAGAUGUAUGGAGAGUAUGUGAAGAAUUUUGACAAUGCAAUGGAAUUGGUGAAAACAUGGACUGAGCGAUCACCUCUCUUCAAAUCCAUUAUUCAGGAUAUUCAGAAACAGAAAGUCUGUGGAAAUCUGACCUUGCAACAUCACAUGCUAGAACCAGUGCAACGCAUCCCACGAUACGAGAUGCUUCUGAAGGACUACCUAAGAAAAUUGCCUCAGGACUCUAUAGACUGGAAGGAUGCUGAAAAAUCCCUGGAAAUAAUAUCCACAGCAGCAAGUCACUCCAAUAGUGCCAUCAGGAAAAUGGAAAACUUGAAGAAGUUGUUAGAGGUUUAUGAAAUGUUGGGAGAAGAAGAAGAUAUUGUCAAUCCUUCAAAUGAACUCAUAAAAGAAGGACAGAUACUUAAACUUGCUGCUCGUAAUACAUCUGCCCAAGAAAGAUACCUUUUUUUAUUCAACAAUAUGUUGCUAUACUGUGUCCCCAAAUUUAGCCUAGUUGGAUCUAAGUUUACAGUUCGGACAAGAGUUGGCAUUGAUGGUAUGAAGAUAGUGGAAACGCACAAUGAAGAAUACCCACACACAUUCCAAGUGUCUGGGAAAGAACGAACUUUGGAAUUACAAGCCAGUUCUGAACAAGACAAAGAGGAAUGGAUAAAGGCUCUCCAGAGUACUAUAGAUGCCUUUCAACAGAGAAAUGAAACUUUCAGAAAUGCUAUUGCAAAAGAGUAUGAUGACAUGCCUAUUGAAGUUUCUACUGCUGAGCUUGGGAAGAGAGCACCAAGAUGGAUACGAGACAAUGAAGUGACCAUGUGCAUGAAGUGCAAAGAGCCCUUCAAUGCGCUGACAAGGAGGAGGCAUCAUUGCAGAGCAUGUGGGCAUGUUGUUUGCUGGAAAUGUUCUGACUACAAAGCUCAUCUUGAGUAUGAUAGCAAUAAACUGAACAAGGUUUGUAAAGACUGCUACCACAUUAUAACAGGGUGCACAGACAGUGAAGAAAAGAAAAAGAGAGGCAUCUUAGAGAUUGAAUCAGCAGAAGUGUCUGGAAACAGUGUAAUAUGUAGUUUUCUCCAAUAUUUGGAAAAAUCCAAGACCUGGCAAAAGGCUUGGUGUGUGAUUCCUAAACAUGAAGCCCUUGUAUUGUACAUGUAUGGUGCACCACAGGAUGUAAAGGCUUCGGCUACUAUUCCGUUGUUGGGUUACACUGUGGAUGAUACUCCAAGAAGUGCUGACCUCCCACACAGUUUCAAAUUGACUCAGUCCAAGUCUGUACACAGCUUUGCAGCAGACAACGAGGAACUGAAGCAAAAGUGGCUGAAAGUUAUCCAUUUGGCUGUCAAGGGUGAGACACCAGACUGUCCAAAUGAUCUGAGGAUGAGUUUGGAAGAUCAGCAUGAAAGCUCUGCAAAACUGGAAUUUGAAGCUUGAGACAACAAAUGGUCUGUAGGGAAUAUUUUUUCCCCUCCACACAAAGUUGGUUUGACACUACUUCAGAACAAAAAAGCCAGCCUUCUUAACUCUGUACCAUAUUUCUUAGCACUUUAUGUUGGAAAAGAAAGAAAAAAAUGUUCAUCUUUUAGUGAAAAUUUUCUUAUAUUUAUGUUAUGUCAAUAAAAUUUAUGUACAGAGCCA